GUUGAAGCAUAUCUAUUGCCCAUCCUUCUGACUAGGAUUUCUAGAACCAGACUCAUUACCUCUGACUCUCAUCUAUCCACUAUCUUAUAUGUAAAUGUUACUUUUAUGCUCUGUCUUCUCUUCAGAGAAACUAAAGUGAACUGAGUCAGAGAAACAAAGAAGGUAGAAAGAGAGAGAUGGAUGCUUGUUUUCUUACCUCAAGAUCAAUCUCUGGUGUCAAAGAUCUUGUCCCAUUCAUCAAAACCAGAAUCUUUUCUUGUUACCCCAGGAGAAACUCCAGCCAGUUUCUCACCAGGAAGGUUGCUUCUCCAAUCUCUAUAAACUGUUCUCUUUCGGAUUCAUGGAAGCCACUGGAGGAUGAUGCUGAUCUCUUCAAGGACUGUGUCAACAAUUCUACAUCAGAUGCUGCUGACUGGAGAGAGUUCAGGGCAAGGCUCGUAGCUGGAGAGCAAGCUGCAGCCCCUGAGAAGGACUCUAACAAAUGGGCACACAAGAUCCUAGAGCCAGAGACAGGAUGUCUCCUAAUAGCAACAGAGAAGCUAAAUGGAGUCCACAUCUUCGAAAAGACGGUGAUCCUCCUCCUCUCCGUUGGACCCUCAGGUCCCAUAGGAGUCAUCCUCAACCGCCCCUCGCUCAUGUCAAUCAAGGAGAGCAAAUCAACGGUCCUAGACACGUCCGGAACGUUUUUAGACAAAAGCCUCUUCUUCGGUGGACCUUUGGAAGAAGGUUUGUUGUUCCUGGUGAGUCCUGGCGAGGACAACGAGGUUGAGAAGAGCGGAGUGUUCAGACAAGUGAUGAAAGGGUUGUACUACGGGACGAGGGAGAGUGUAGGAUUGGCUGCAGAGAUGGUGAAGAGGAAGGUGGUGGGGAGAAGUGAGAUGAGAUUCUUUGAUGGGUAUUGUGGUUGGGAGAAAGAGCAGUUGAAAGCAGAGGUGUUGGGUGGGUAUUGGACUGUGGCUGCUUGUAGCUUGAGUGUUGUUGAGGUUGGUUCUGUUGUACAGAGUCAAGGUCUUUGGGAUGAGGUUGUUGGUCUUAUUGGACCUCAAACUGGCUCUGUUAUCUAAAUUAAAACUGUUGUAUAUGUUUCAUCUCUAAUUUAUUAAUACGAGUGUUUCUCUACUUUCUA